AGCAAUUCCUAGUGCUGGUAUUAAAGAAGGGACAAUGACAGCAGAAUUACCUAGCAGUACACUUCCUACAAGCACUGCUCAAGCAACCUCAAGUGGGCCACAGACCUCCACAGCUCCACUGGCGACCACUUCCUCCCCUGAGACUACACCGAGUGUUAGUCCUUCUACUGCCGAGGAGACAACCAUGGUUUCCCUCCUUAGUACGUCACAGUCUGAGAGCACAGCUGCAGCCACCUCUACCACAGGUAUAACAUCAACCUUUCCCGGAGGGACCACUUCUACAGCCGAAACUAAAGCAAUAACUAGUGCUACUGCAAUAGAAAGGACAACUACAAUUCCUCUUCUGGCGACUACCCUACCCGAGAGCACCACUACAGCCUCCACUUCUAUUCCGGAUACCUCCACAUCUCCUCUAGAGACAACCACAGCUCCCUUGCCUGUUACUUACCCAGCUGUGACCACAAGUGCUGUCACCUCUCUAGGAGAAACAUCCAGAGGUGCUUUUAUGAUGACUUUUCCAGGUGAGACCACAACCUCUCUAGACUCUGCUAUCGGAAGAAAGACAACAGCAGCCUUCUCCGUGACUUCCACUACAUCACUUUCACCUACCACAGCUGCACUGACAAACCAUGAAAUAACAGAAGUAAUAAACCAGAAGACCGUUAACCCAAUGGGACAAAAUAAAGAUAACAAUGUCACAACACCACAGACAAUGCCUAUGGUUCAAACCAGCACUGCUACCACCACCAGAAGUACAACAUUAAAGAGUACCACCAAAGGAGCAGUUCCUGUGAUCCCCAACAUACCUGGGACCACAGCAACAUAUCUCACAACAGGAGAAGUAUCCAUCACUACAGCCCCAGUGACCACUUCCGCAGCUGAGACUAAACCUGCAGCUACGUCUGUGUUAGUAGAGACCUUCUCUUCUGCUCUUCCAACCUCCUCCCUAGCAGAGCCCACAACAAUGAUGAGCAUUUCUGCCCCACAGCCAACUACAGUCGCUCUUGCUGCUAGUUCACCAUCUGCUAUGGCAAUUACAGUCAUCUCUACAGUAGCAGAGAUGUCUACAGCUCCUCUAAAGGCUACUUCCCCAGGUGAGACUACAGCAAUGGCUAGUACCUCUAACAUAAAGGAGAGAACCACUGUUGUCCUUCCAAUCAGUUCACUCUACGAGAACACAACUGCAGCCACUUCUGCUACCCCAGUGACUUUUUCACCUCCUCUAGAGACCACAUCCACAGCUAUGACUACAAACAUAACUAGCACAGUGACAGUACCAGAGAAAACAACAAUUGCCUUUCCUACCACUUCACCAUCUCAGAGUACAACUUCACAAUCUGAAAGCACAGUUGCAGUUUCAUCUCCUGUUAUUGAGACCUCCACAGCUACUCUGGAAACCACAUCUCCAGCUGAGACAACAACAAUAGCUGCAGUAGAGGGAACAACUUCAGUUGCUCUGAUUACCACUUUAUUACCUCAGC